GUAGAUAUAAAAAUAACCUAAUGUAUAUAUCCUUAUAGAGGACGCUAUAAUUUAUUAUUUAAUAACAGUUAGGAUGAGGGCACGUUUGUUGCAUCAGUGUCUUUUUCUAUUGUGUAUUUAGGUUUCAUCCUCUGUGUUGUUCCUUUGACUUUAGUACCUCCAACGUUUUUAUUGUAAAUUUGUAAUUGUAGUCUAUGUUUUUUAUUCAUCCUCCAAUUUAGGAUCUACUAUUACUAAACUUCAUUCUCAUUUCAUAUAAAUUGUACAUACUUACCGCUGUUUCUUAAAAGUUAAAGUUCAAUUUAUAAAACUAAAAAAGUUAAUUUUAACUUAGGCCGUGACAUUAUUAAACCGAUAAAUGUAUUCGUAAUACUAAUAGUAAUACUAAUUCCAGUCUUGCGGAACUAGUUUAUUUCAGGGCUCGGCUCAAGUGGGAACAGUUGGCUGCUAAUGAUGACCUCUGGUUAGAUCUUUACCAGGCUUGUUUAUUGUGCACCGCUUUUUUAAGAGAAAAAACAACAACCUUGUUUUGAUGUUUUAGCCAUGGGAACUAUACUUCUUCGAGGAUCAAAUUCUUGUUCUCAAUGGUUCAUUGAUAGUGCCACGAUUUGUGGCAAAAGAAUAAAGUCUAUGAGCAAGCUGGAAACAUGUCAUGAUAAUUUAAGAAUAGCUUGCCUUUCCUUUGUGCACAACGGUUCGGAAUAUGAAAAUCCAUACAAGGAUCGGCAACGCACGGCUCAUUCAUUCUAUAAUCAGUCCGCUAUUGAUGCAGCAGCUGCCAAGCCAUCAAUUCGCUUGACACCAACUGCCAUUCUCUACUCUGGGAAAAGUCCUGAUGGUAGCCACCUGUUGCGAAGUGCACAGUACUUACACAAAGAACUGCCUGUUAGAAUUGCCCAUCGUAUCGCCGGAUUUCGUAACCUUCCGUUUAUUGUUGGAUGUAAUCCUACCAUUCUUGAAGUGCACGAGCUGUAUAUCCGAGCUUUCAACAUUCUUUCAGAAUUUCCGUUGAUCACGGAUUUCGAAACGGAGAAGCGUUACAGUGAAAUGCUACAGAAACUUUUAGAUGAUCACAAAGAUGUAGUCAGUCAACUUGCUGCUGGAUUUCGAGAAUGUAGAAAACACAUUAAGCAAGAAGAACUCGUAAGAAAUUUUUUAGACCGAACGUUAACUUCUCGAUUAGGAAUUAGAACACUAGCAGAGCAUCAUUUGGCAUCACACGAGGAAAAAUGUCACUUGUUAAAAGUUAUUGACAGCUGGGCAGAUUUUGUAAGACAAAUAUCCGAAGAAAAGUAUGGAAAAGCUCCAGUCAUCAAGUGUGAUGGGCACGUAAACGCCAGCUUUCCGUACAUUCAGAUUCCUUUGGAUUACAUAAUUCCAGAACUUUUGAAAAAUGCUGUAAGAGCAACUGUUGAAAGUCACUACGAUAGUUCCGAGGCCAGUUUGCCACCUGUUAGAGUUACUAUAGCAAACAAUGAUAUGGACUUCAUUAUAAGGUUUGGGUUUGGCCUUCCAACGUCAAGGGCCUAUGCCGAAUACCUAGGAGGAUCCUUGACAAUCGAGUCCAUGCAGGGUCUGGGCACAAGUGUAUACUUACGUCUAAGACAUAUAGAUGGUAGAAAUGAAAGUUUUAGGAUCUAAGAAGCGUAGUUGCGUCGUGUAGAGAAACACUAGUGUUAUGGUAGAAAGUAAAGGUAACUAUUGCAUGGAUAUACCUUUUUGAAAUCAUUAUUUAAUUCGUACAGCUAAUAGAGAUAGACUUAUCCCCUAAAAAAAUUUCAGGAAAAUAUCAUUUUAAACCAGAAGUAAUUUUUGAUAACUUAAAAAUGAUUUAAAACAAAAGGAUGGAAUAAUUGGGGAUCACAUUCAGGGGGAAAGGGAAAUCACUUGCUGGACUUACGAAACAUUUAGGUUAUUUAAACGUUUACUUCGUGUUGAGUGGUAACAUAUUUUGUUAUUUAGUUAUACUGUUCUGUUCACGAAUCUUGAAACAAAAACAGUGUUUUAAACAUUAACGAGAAUGACAGCUAUUCACUCUAUUGAACAGAAGUAGACAUCCAGCUACAUUUAUGACGUCAAGAGAAAAACAUUCUCACGGUGAUAAAAUCGAAGUCUAUUAUUGAAUAUGUUUCUAAUUUUUAAAAUCGGACUGCUAUUAAACAGUAUUUUACAACACAAUCAUCGUAAGCUUCAGUGGAUUAUCAUCAUUGGAAAGAAACAACCUGGAACAAAAUAGUCAAGAAACAU